GUGGGUUUCGAUCAAAAUCUAUAUAGUGAUGUAGCAUCCAUAAAUGCAUAAACUAAUAUGGAUAUAAGGGCGCUGUUAAUUAUUUCUUAUAAAAAUAUCUAUAAAUAUCCCACCUAGGGUUAGGGUUCGCAAAUAGAACAACUCAUCAAGUAUAACAGCCAUCUUUCUCCCAUCUUUUCCGUCUCCCACCAUAAAAGAAAAAAAAAAACAAACAAAGGGAACAUUUUUUUUUGCCUUCGUCUCUUAUAUAUAUUAUUCCUCCCACGUUUUAUAGAAGAGAAGAAUUUGAGAGAGAGAAACAGAAAGAAGGAAUCAAGAGAAGGAUGAGGAAGCGUCAAGUGGUGUUGAGGAGAACGUCGGAGGAGAGUUCGAGAAGCUCAUCGACGGCUUCGUCGCUGACGGUGAGGAGCGUUAGGUACGGAGAGUGUCAGAAGAACCAUGCGGCGGCGGUGGGAGGCUAUGCCGUGGAUGGAUGCCGUGAGUUCAUGGCCAGCGGCGAGGAAGGCUCGGACGCCGCUCUAACAUGCGCCGCUUGUAACUGUCACCGGAAUUUCCACCGGAGGGAGGUCGAAACCGAGGUUGUUUGCGAGUGUGAUUCACCACCUAGUUCCAACGGGAAUUAGAAAGCCUAUAUAUACAUAUACUUGUUCUUGUCUGUGUAUGUGUGUUGUGUUUGUGUUAUAUAUAUGUAUGUAUACCGAUGAAACUACUAAUUAGAGUAUUUAUUUGAAUUGAGGAAGCAAGUUUUUGCGUGUAAUUUUUUUUUUUUUUUUGUGGGUUUGUUUUGGUUUGGCUUUCCCCUUUGAUCUCUCAAAGGGUUAAGAUUCUUUGAGAAAUUAAGAUUUAAGAGGCGUUGGGAUUGGAGGUGAUGGAAGACGAGGAUGACCACAGCCGAUCGAUGCUCUUGUCUUUGAAAUUGGUUUUCUUGUGGUUUUAAUUGUUUCUGAGAUUGUUCUUGAAAAUCUAUAUUUCUUGGUCUAAAUAAUAUCUAGGGUUCAUAUGUUAGGGAAUAAUAAAAGAUUUCCGAUGUAUUAUGUUGUCGUCUGAACGACGAAAUGUGCCAAUCGCAAAUACACAUUGUAAUUCGUUUCAAUGUCCAAUUAGGACAGCAAAAGUGUGUUUCAUGUGAAUGAAUGUGGUUCUCUCUC